UCUUGACAACAUUGAAAAAGACAAAAACUGAAGAUGGUACGACUACCUACACUAGAGUUAUUAACCAAAGUCUGCUUGAUAAAGAAGUAAUGACCAAGAACAGAAGAAAAACACUGAAAGCUCUGUCUGUAGCCGCUUAUUUCAUUUAAUUAAGCUUUGCAGUGCCAGUUUCUUAGAAGUGGUCCUUCACUCCUUAUUCCAAUUCUUUUGUAUUUUGUAUUAUUUUUCUCAACUCUUAAAUUCGAACAUGAUAUUUGACACUUAAAGCUUAUGAUCGUUGACCAACAGAAACUCUCUCUUCAUCACAAGAAAGUGGUGUGUUGUCCUCUGAAACUCACCUGUUAGAAAGCUGACUAAUUCAAUAUUUUCUGUCCACCAGAAUCUUUGUCCCUCUCUCUCCAUAUCUUUUAUGUACAUCUCUCUUUACUCCUCUUCUUAUACCACACUUUCUUUGUUAAUAGUUCAAAUGCACAAAGUAAAAGAAGCUAAAGAAAGGUCCAAUGGAGAAAUCAAGAAUGCCAAGAAACGUUUAUGAACCUUUGAAGACAUAUUUUCUCAAGGUUAACAUCAACUGCCAUGGAUGUAACAGGAAAGUGAAGAAAACAUUAAGAAAAGUUGAAGGUGUUUACUCUGUUGAUAUAGACGCAGAUCAACAAGCAGUGAUUGUUAGAGGUAACUUGGAUCCAGAGAUUUUGGUCAAGAAGUUGAACAGUAGAGGAAAGUAUGCAGAGCUUUUGUUCAUGAGUGCUUUCCAUGGUAAUCAUCAUGACAACAGAAGCUUGCGGAACGCACCAUACAACUUCGGAAACAAUCACUUUAACAAUGUCCCAAGUUACGAAAGGCAAAGCGAUGGAGAGAUGAUGAAGAUGAUGAUGGCGAACAACAUGAAACCUGUGAUGAUGAACGAUGCAGACUACUUUCAGAUGAGCGAUUCUUCUGAAGAUUUCCAGGAGCUGUUUGGAGAAACAGCGCAAAGACACAACUAUGAUGAAGAGGUGCAUCCAAAUCUGAUGAGGGACAUGGAGCUUGGAUAUUCUAAUGCAUACCCUGCAGCAGAAACAAUGAACAUGCAUAUUCCAGAAAGGUCUAAUAAUACGAUGAUGAAUGAGAGAUCUUUCCACGGUCAGAUGAUGAACGGUCCAUCUCUAGUUCCACAGUUUAUGAAUCAGGAACAGUUCAGCGCAAGGCAACUUCAUGGAUUCUACUACUGAUUGAAGAAGUUAGUGACUGACGAAAGUUUUUAAGAUAUGUGUGUGUGUGUGUGUGUUUUCACCUCUUUAUUUCAAGCAUAAUAGACUAGUAGUAUAGAGUUUUAUAUUGUUUCAAUGUUGGUUGAGUGUGUGUUUGUCACCACAUUAGCUAUUAAUAAGAACCUAGUGGUAUCAAUCUAAAAGCUAUCAUCACAUUUCCCAUGAUCUCAAUCUCCAUGGUUAUGGUCAUUAAUGGGCCUUAUCUGAUAUUUGAUUUUGCAAAUUUUAACCAGAUUCAGUGUCCGUGAAUCACAAAACUUCUCUUGCCACACAAGCAAUGAUCAUUCGCCUCUAUCUGCUAAGUUGGGACGUGCAGGCUUAUUAUUCAGAUUCAAAGACCAAUAAAAGCACAAGCACACAUUUGUCUGAAACUGCAAACAAGAUUACUACAAGACAUACGGAUGACAGAAACAGAAGAAACUCAGGAAUGGGUAAUGAAUGAAGUCUACAGGGCGUUUCUAGAUGGUGAUGGCAUCGUUCAGAGCAGAUAGAGAAAAAAAUGCAUGCAAAUGAGCAAAUAUCAAAGAAAAAGGAUCAUCGAAAACAAGAUAGCCUAAACAAGGAUCCGUUUAAUGGUGUUAUUUUAAAUGCAUAAUA